AUGAAAAAAGUGCUGGCUAUGAGCCAGCUUUGUGCAGAAAUACUAAGAGCUCAUAAAAAAAAGAGUCAUUCAUCUAGUACUAAAUCAUUUAAAGAGAAUGAUGAAGAUAUUGCUUCAGCAACAAACUGGAGUAAUGUUAUUAAUAAAUAUCUGAAAAAGUACUUGGUGAAGAAUGUGAUAAUUUUGGCAACACUAAGUAUGAGGUGGACUUUCUUGGCUGCCAA